CAGAGUCAUAGUAUUUGAAGGAUCUCAAAUACCUUUCCUUUUCUUGAUACUCAGAAAUUCCAUUCAUAAUUACAAAAAAUCUAAUCUUCUUAAUUUAAUAGACGCCCCGAAGUGUCAACUUUUUGGUGUGGUUUAGCCUAUAUUUCUCCAAUCACGAAUACAACCCCAAUUCGUUCCCUCAAGAAGCGGCGGACCCCUCAAAUCCUUCCUUUCUCGAAAAAUUAUUUUUCGCUUCCCCAUCGAACUCACAUCUGCCAAAUAUGUCUGACCAAGGGAAUGGUUCCUCCGAGCGGGAGUCGGCAACACUAGACUUUUCGAGAGACAAUAAAGAAAAGGAUGUUGAACAAGGAGAGAAGAUAUCAGAAGGGCAGACGAUAGAUCCUAAUAUCGUCGAUUGGGAUGGUCCCGAUGAUCCAAAUAACCCUCUAAACUGGCCAGGUCCCAAGAAAGUCUUCCACAUCGCCUAUGUCAGUCUUUUCGUCCUCUUCGCAAACCUCGCUGCGACUAUGUUCGCUCCCGGUGCAGCACAAUUAGCAGAGGAAUUCCACAUUACCAAUUCCACAGUCACUACUUUCACAGUUAGUAUCUACGUUCUCGGUUUUAUGAUCGGGCCUGUGAUUCUUGCGCCACUUUCCGAAUUAUAUGGACGUUUCGCUAUCUACCAGAUAUGUAACGUUAUCUACUUCAGCUUUACGCUAGGAUGUGCGCUCAGUAAAAACGUUGGGAUGUUUCUUGCCUUCCGUUUUAUUGCUGGCUGCGCGUGUGCUGGGCCGUUGACAAUAGGAGGUGGAACAAUUGCAGACGUCACAUUUCAACAGUCCAGAGGAAAAGCUAUGUCAGCUUAUAUCUUGGGACCCCUUCUUGGGCCAAGUAUCGGGCCUAUAAUAGGUGGCUUUGUAACCCAAAAUAUCGGAUGGCGUUGGACAUUCUGGAUAAUUCUUAUCUUGUCCGGAACUCUCAGUCUUACUUCCAUGGUAUUCCUAAGAGAGACCAACGCUACAGUUUUAUUACAGCGAAAAACGGAGCGUCUUCGCAAGGAGACUGGAAAUACCAAGCUCGUUUCCAAAUUGGACUUGAAAUUGACUCCUCGUGAGAUGUUGACUCGUUCUAUUGUCCGCCCAAUCAAAAUGAUUAUCUUCUCACCUAUCACAUUAUUACUCUCCCUUUAUAACGGUGUUAUAUUUGGGCUUAUCUUUCUUCUCUUCACAACCUUCCCCGGCAUAUUCGAAGGCCAAUAUGGCUUCAGCCCUGGUUCUGCUGGUCUGGCAUACCUAGGUCUCGGCAUUGGAAUGUUAUGUGGCUUGGCACUGUUCAGUAUUGCUAGCGAUAAGUUACUGGGCCAGAAAGAUGGUAAAACCGCUCCAAAGCCCGAACGACGACUCGUCCUUAUGAAGUACCUUGCGCCUAUCACCCCAAUAGGUUGCUUUAUAUACGGAUGGACUGCGUACUACAAGAUCCAUUGGAUUGUCCCUGAGAUCGGAACUUUCAUCGUGGGGCUCGGUGCACUUUUCGUCAUGCUUCCGUCGCAGACUUACCUGGUAGAUUCCUUCGGGCCCCACGCUGCUGCUUCGGCUAUGGCCGCGAAUCUCAUCGUCCGAAGCCCCUUCGGAGCUUUCCUCACUUUUGCUGCGCCGCCACUGUACGCGAAGCUGGGGCUAGGCUGGGGAAAUAGCGUGUUAGGAUUCAUCUGCCUCGCUUUUACGCCGGUCCCGUGGCUAUUCUACCACUAUGGUGAAUAUAUGAGAACCCGGUUCGCCGUUAAACUUUAGAUGUCAUAUAUUUAGUGCGACGGUAUCGAGAUAUAAUGGGAUUUAACGGCAUAGUAACGAUUUGAUAUAGAUCAAUGGCAAAAGAAGGAAAAGGGUAUUUUUAGGGAGAUUUGACUACUAUUAGCAUUAGAACUUUGCGAACUAGCAUCUAUUACGUUCAAGGGUAUGAUAAAAAAAAACUCUCGUCUCUGCGAGAA